CAAUCGAUAUGUUUGAUUGAACAUCACUAAUUGAAUAGCGCAUCAGCCGGAAUGGCGAUGUAAUUUUUCAUCAAUAAUUUUCACGAAGUUUGCUGCAAACCAGUAUCAGACAAGUUCGUACGCCGACUUUUGGUGGCUCCCAACUCGUCUGUCCACUGUCCACUGUUCUCUCGGUGUGCGUGUGUGUGUUUGCGAGUGUGCCAUGGCCACUGCGGAGCAGUUUGUUGCAGCCGCCUUACAGGGUGCCGCCAAUCCCAAUCAUGAAAUUGUGCAAAAGGCUGAGGCGCAGCUCAGCGAAUGGGAGCAGCAGCCGGGCUUCUUUCCCAUACUGGCACGCCUCAGCAUGAAGCUGCAAGGUGACAGCGACGCAGCGGCUGCUGCCACCUCUGCAGCGGCUGCAGCUGCAACGCUUAGCGACUCGGUGAAAAUCCGUUGGAUGGCGGCCGUUUAUCUGAAAAAUGGCAUCGAGCGCUAUUGGCGUCACAAUUCCCGCCAGGAACUGGCCCCGGAGCAGAAGCAGCAAAUACGUGAGAUCCUGCUGCAGCACUACGACGCUGAGGACGUGCCCCAAGUGGCGCUGCAGGUGGCGGUUCUGCUCAGCAAAAUCGCCCGCAUGGACUGCUGGCCUGAGCUUAUGCCUACGCUGAUGAAGCAGUUGCAGGCGUGCAGCGAGUCGCCCGUGCAGCAGCAGCGAACCCUGCUCGUGCUCCAUUAUGUGAUCAAGGCGCUGGCAUCGCGUCGCCUCAUGGCCGAGAAGCGAGCCUUCGAGGAGCUGUCGGCGCAAAUCUUCAGCUACAUGGCCUGGAACAUUUGGGCGACGUUGACCACGCGCUUCCUGCAGCUGCAGAAGACAGAUCCGGCGGCACACAGUUGUCUGCAGCGUGCCCACAUAGCGAUGCGAACGCUGAGGAAGCUGCUCAUCUACGGCUGCGGCAGCAAGCCCUACAAGUCCAGCGACCACAUGAACUUCAUAGAGCAGCUGUUCGAGCGACUGCGCCAGUGCCUGGAGCUGCGCUACGAGCUGCGAUUGCGUGCAUCGGGAAACGAGCAGCUGAUCAAUGACCUGGAGCGUUUCAUCCUGAAGAUGAUGAAGACCCUGAAUGAGUUCAUGGAUCGGCACUCGUUGUCCUUUGCUCGGUUUGUGCCCGUGGCACUGGAGUUCAGCUUCCACUAUGUGUUCCACGAGGGCACCGCCCUGAUCUUCGAUGCGGGCGAACGGAUCAACUUCAGCCACUUCGUCAUUCAGGCCAUCAAUCUGCUCAAGGGCAUCAUGAUGAGCGGCAACUAUAGCAUUGCCCAGGACCAGACGGCGAACUCCCUGGAGGACGAGCUGCUGGCGACCGCGUCCCAGACGCAGAGCAAAUUCUUCAGCGUGGAGCGUGUCACGUACUUGUGCGAGAAAAUCGUCACGCACUAUUUCCUGCUGACUCCCGAGGAGCUGGCCGAGUGGCAGCAGGACCCGGAGAGCUAUGGCCAGGAUGACGGCGGCGGCGACGCCUGGAAAUACGAGCUGCGUCCCUGCGUCGAAUCCCUGUACUUCACCUGCUUCACCCAACACUCGAAUGUCAUGAUCAACGAGGUCCUCAAGUUCGUGCGCCGCGCUCAGCAGCUGCAGCUGACGCAGGACUCCGAGCUGAAGGCCAUCCUGCUGAAGGACGCGAUCUACAACGCAGUCGGCCAGGCUUCGUUUCACUUCUUCAAUAAACUGGACUUUGGCUCGUGGCUGACCUCGCAGCUGCUCGCCGAGCUGCGCAUCGAGGCCUCGAAUUUCCGCAUCCUGCGCCGCCGCAUCAUUUGGCUGGUGGGCAAUUGGGUGGGCGUCCAGCUGCCACGCGAGCUGCGCCCGCUGGCCUACGAGGCGUGUCUUCAUCUGCUGCGACCGGAGGAGGACAUGCCAAUACGCCUGGCCGCCGCCCGCACCCUGAAUCUGCUGAUCGAUGACUUUGAAUUUAUGCCCGAAGCCUUUCAUCCAUACUUCGCCGCCUUGUUCGAAGCGCUGUUCCUUCUGCUGCGCGAGGCGGGCGCCUGCGACACGAAGAUCGUCGUCCUGGGCACGAUGACCCUGCUCGUUGAGAAGAUGAGCGAGUUCAUCGAGCCGCAGGCCCUGCAAUUCAUUGCCUACUUGCCGCUGCUCUGGCGCGAGAGCGAGGAGCACGAGUACAAUAUGCUCCGGUGCGCCAUCAUCGGCACCCUGGAGCAGCUCGUGCGAACCAUACGCGACGUCCCCGAGAGCAUGAAGCCCUUCCUCUACAGCGUCAUCGAGCUGAGCACCGACUUGCAGCAACGUUCUCACGUCUACCUGAUAGAGGAUGGCAUCAUGCUGUGGCUGGCGGUGAUUGGCAACUCGACGGCGCUGACGCCUGAGCUGCUGGGGCUGUGCGAUCAUCUGUUGCCCAUCAUUGAGAUGUCCUCGGAGAAUCUGCGCACAGUGCUGCAGCUGAUCCACGCCUACAUACUGCUCGAUGCGCAUGCAUAUCUGAGUCGCUACGGCGAGGGCUUUGUGGCGUAUUGCGUGCGCUCCUUUGAGGAUAUACGGACGGAGGGCAUCAUCGCCAUGUUGCGCAUCUUUGAGACUUGCCUGAAGACGGAUGCCGCGAUGGGCCUGCGGCUGGUGCGACCCGCCCUGCCCUUUAUCUUCCAGCAGGUGUGCCUCAAGCAGGAAUACCCGAUGACCAUGAGCUGGUACUUGACUCUGUUGGCGCGCACCCUGCUCAUUGACCAGGCGGUGUUCAUGUCUGUGGUGCAGGAGCUGCCGCAGACGGAUGCCCUGGCGCGCAUCCUGGAUGUGUGGAUAGAGAUGUUUCCGCUCGUGGCCGACACGCAUGCCGAGAAGAGAAAGCUCUUCUGCCUGGCGUUCGCUUCGAUUUUCGGAAGCAACGAGCUGCUGCUGGCGCGAUUGCCGCACAUCCUGCAGCUGGUGGAGGAGACGCUCGGCGAGGUGAUGGACAAGCAAUAUGCGGCCGCAGAUGAGGCCGCCGACAAGGCAACGCCGAGAUUCUACGAUUCUCUGGUCAUUCACGACGAGCACGAGCUGGAGGAGUUCCAGCCGCAGCUGUACGAUGACUUCCAUUCAAAGACCUACCACGACGACAGGCAUCGCCAGCUGGUGCUCAAGGAUCCCGUUUACAAGAUACCCCUAACCGAAUACCUCAAAUGGCAGCUGCAACAGUUGCAGUCCCAGCUGGGCCCCGCCCGCUACGAGCAGCUGAUGCACGCCGUCUGCCCCGAGGUGCUCGAGAAGAUUAACAUGUACAUAGAACAGACGGUGCCCAAGGCGUGCGUCGUCUGUGCCGGCGGCGGCAACGGCAGCGGCGGCGACGAUUGCGAAGCGUUGGUCCCCGAUUCCAACAACCGCACCACGCUCGACUGAUGCUGCAAUCAGGUCCUCGUUCACAUCUGUGCUUCGAAAGCUUUCAAAUCAACAGUCUUUAAGUUAUUAAUGUAUUUUGUAUUGAAAUUAUAUAUUUUUAAUUGUUAAA